AUGAAUAAUGAUGAUCUUGUUAAUAUGAAUUCUCUUGAUAUAUGGACAUUUGCUGAUCAAUAUCGUGCUACUGUUAAAAGUGCAACGAAUAGUAAUAAUGAUCGUCCAAUUUUAACUGGUAUGGCUAUUGGACUUAAUUCAACAUUAACAAUAUCUGAUGGUCAUACAAAAUUACCUUCAUGUCCAAUAUUACUUCUUUCUAAUAGUGAUGGUCUUUUACAAGUCUAUUAUUUUAUUCAUAAAAGUUCAUCAUCAUUAUGUCGUACACCUGAAGUUAUUAAACAAAAUCAAACAUUACAAUCAUCAACAAAUAUUAAUUUGGGAAUGAUAUUACCAUCAGUAUCAUUAUCACAAACAUUACCUUUUGGUUCAGUUCUAUCAACAACUGCAGCGCCAUCAUCAACUAAUACAUUUUCAUUUUCAAAUGUUGGAUCUACAUCAUUAACUAUAACACCUAUAAGUUCUCAACCAAAAGAAGAAAUUACUCAUAAUAUUUUAAAUUCUAAUCAAUCAUCUUCACAAAUUACAAAUGCAUCAUCAAUAUAUGAUAUUUCAAAAACAAUAAAUACAAAUAAUCUUAAUAAAUUACCUUCAAUACAAUCAAUAACACCAACAAAAAUUACAACAAAUAAUGAUCAAUCAUCUACAAAAAAUUUUGAUAAUAAAAAACUUCUUCAAAUGGUUGAUGAAAUUCAAUCGAAAUUAAAAACUCUACAAAGACCAUUCUCUAAAUUACCUGAACCAAGUAAUAAUCUUGAUAAAUCUUUAGAAACUUUAAUAACAACACUUAAUGAUAUGACAAUAUCACUUCAAACAUCAAUUCAAUCAAUAAAAACAAUGACAAAUGAACAUAUUGAAUCUCUGACAAGAAUUGAAAAUGCUCGUCAUCAAAUAAGACUAAGUCAAAAAGAAAAUCUUCAUGAUUUAUUAAAAGAUCGUGAACUUGAUCCAUGGACACAAUUACGUCUUGAUUCAAUUAAAAAUAAAUAUGAUCAAAUUAAACAUAAGUUAAAUGUCUUAUUACAAUUAACACAUAAAACAAUACAUAAUAAAUCAUUAUCUAUAAAUAAUGAGACGAAUGAUGAUGAUGAUGAUGAUAUUGAAAAUGAAGAUUUUUUACCCGAUUUAGAAAUAUUAAAUACAUCUCAAACAAUGAAACAAGGAAUUCAAAAACAUUUACGUGAACUUAGUCAUCAAGUAUCGGAAACAGAAAAAGAUCUACAAAAUAUUUGUGCAAAAUUUAAUAAAGAUUUUUUGAAUAGUAAACAAUAUGAUUCAAAUUUAACAAAAACAACAAUAAUAUCAUCUAAUAGAUUAUUUCAUAAAUUAGAUUCAGAAAUUUUAUUACAUUUACAAGCUAAUCAUCAAAAUGUUAAUGAAAUUCAUGUACCACAAACACCAUUAAUUCAUUUUUCAUCAAUAAAUGAAUCAAAAAAAUCUUCAACUAUUGAAAUAUCUAAAACAAUUACACCAAUAACACCAAUACAAACAAAUUCUUCACCAACAAUUGAAUCUGAAAGUUUUAAAAAUAUGUUACGUAUUGUUCGUGCAUCCAUUGAUUUAUAUUCUGGUAUAGCAAGUCCAGAACAAUUACGUGAAUUAUCAAAUAAAAUAUCAACUAGUCCAUUAUCAUCAUCAUCAUCAAUACAAAAAUCUCAUACAAUAUCAAUUAAUAAAACUCCAACUAUACCUAAAACAACUACAACAACAGUUCAAUCAAAAUCACCUAUUGUAACAAAACCAUUAAAUACAACAAUAACAUCAACAAAUAUUUUACAAACACCAACAAAAACUGUUACUUCAUCUAUACCAAAUAUUGCUGUUACACCACCAACACCAUUAGAUAUACAAUCAAAAAUUCAAUCAAAUAAAACACUUAUUCAAACACCUACUGAUCUAUCAAAAACAUCAGGUGAUAGUGUUAUACGGUCAUUGCUUAAUAAUGCAGUAACAUCUUCAACAACUAUAACAUCUAAUACAAAUCAACCAAUAGUUAGUUCUACAGCAAAUCAAAUUAACAAAUCAAAUAUUCCUAGUACAACAAUUCCACAAGUAACAACAAAUCAAACUCCAACAGUAGCAGCAGCAACAACAACAACAACAACAUCUGUUCAACCAAUAUCUCCGUCAACCCCACCAAUUACUUCCACUGGUGUAAGUUCAUUUGGUUCAAGACCAAUAUUUAGUGGUAAUACACUUAAUUUAACACCUACUACAUCAUCGACUAUUCCAUUUGGUAAUGUUACUACAACACCAACAAAUAAUAUCGCAUCACUAUUUGGUAAUACUUCUAUUACAACAACAUCUGCUCCAAGUUCAUCCGGCAUAACAACAACAACAACAACUUCUACUCCGUUUGGUGCCGGUUUCAGUACUCCUACAACUACAACUGCACCAACAGCAGCAGCCAGUACUGGUUUCUUUGGUACUGUAACAACUUCAGCUUCUACUCCAUUUGGCACUGGAUUCGGCACGGCUACUACUUCAGCUCCAACAACAGCAGCAGCAUCCAGUACUGGCGCCUUUGGUACAGCAACAACUUCAGCUUCUUCUCCAUUUGGUACCGGAUUCGGUACACCUACUACUACAACAGCAACAACAUCAGCAUCGGGUACUAGUCCAUUUGGUGCUGCAACGACAACACCAUCAACUCAUAGUCCGUUUGGUAGUGGAUUUGGUGCUCCUCCUCCUACUACUACGACGAUGACUGCACCAACAUUAACAUCUGGUACUAGCCUAUUUAGUGCUGCACCAACAACAUCAACAUCCGGUACUAGUCUAUUUGGUGGUUCACCAACAUCAACUGCUGGUACAUUUGGUAGUAGUCCGACAAUAACAUCACCAUUUGGUAGUGGAUUUGGUGCUACUUUGGCAGCAUCCACCAGUACAACAUUUAGUGGUUUUGGUGGUACUUCAGCAACACCAACAUCGACAUCGAAUGCACCUGUAUUUGGUAGUACUGGUUUUUCAUUUAGUUCACCAUUAUCAGUCACUUCAACUGCUAAACCAACAACUGGUACUUCAUUAUUUGGUAGUGGUAGUGCUAGUAGUACGCCUGCAUUUGGUAGUGGUUUUUCUGGUUUUGGUACACAAACAAGUUCAUCUGGAUCAUCGACUGGUUUUACAUUCGGUGGAUUUGGUGGUGCUCAAUCUGCAGACGCAACAACAACAGCAUCAUCUCCAUUUGGUGGUUCACUAUUUGGAGGAGCAUCUGGACAAACAACUGGUUUUGGUACAACAGCACAUUCAUUUGGUGCUUCAAAUACACAAACAGCAACGUCACCUUCAUUUACAACUUAUCGUAAAUAG